AAGUCAUUUUCACAAAAAGUCUUUAACAGACUAGUACUCUAAAUUCCGUACACAAGAGUAAAAAAAAAUGGUUCUUGCUAGAAAAAUCAUCUUGAUCAAAAAUUUUCAAGGGCAACCACAGUCUACUGAUUUUAAAAUUGUAGAGGAAGAGUUACCAAUUCUAAAAAAUGGAGAAGUUCUCGUCGAGGCGGAAUUCUUUUCGGUGGAUCCAUACAUGAUGUCGUCUGCAAUUAAUGAAUCGGGUAUUGGCGAAGUUUUCCACGCGAAUCAGGUAGCUAAAAUAAUUGAAUCAAAAGAUCCUGCAUUUCCCGUUGGCCAAAGGGUUAAGGGUUACUAUGGUUGGAGAACUCAUACGAUCAUCAAUCCUUCGAAAUGGGAUCAUUCUGGAUUUUUGAAUGAGGUGCCCAAAGUACUGCCAUCGUUAGGCGAUUUACCUUCUUCUCUCUAUCUCGGCGUUCUUGGAAUGCCAGGAGAAACAGCAUAUUUUGGAUUUUUAGAAGUCUGUCAACCAAAAAAAGGUGAAAUUUUAGUUGUUAGCGGUGCUGGCGGUGCAAUUGGAUCGCACGUUGCACAAAUCGGAAAAAUUAUAGGCCUCAAAGUAAUUGGAAUAACUGGAACAGUUGAAAAAUGUCAGUGGCUUAAAAAUGAUUUGAAAAUCGAUCAUGUCAUUAAUUACAAAACCGAGGACGUUUCAGUAGCUUUAAAAAAAUUUGCUCCUGAUGGUGUGGACUGCUAUUUUGAUAAUAUUGGUGGUCCUAUUUCGGAUACUGUAAUUAAUCAUAUGAAAGAAUUCGGACGAAUUUCAAUUUGUGGAAGUAUUUCGAGUUACAGUGAUGAUGCACAACUACAAAGACCGAAAAAUUUCUAUCAAAUGCUAUUUUUGAUUAAACAGUUGAAAAUGGAGGGCUUUAUGGUAACAAGAUGGAAGCAUCGCUAUGGAGAGAGUUUCAAGCAAAAUUUCACUUGGAUUCAAGAAAAGAAACUCAAGUAUCGCGAAACCAUUUAUGAAGGCUUUGAAAAUACGGUAAAUGCCCUUUUGGGUUUAAUGCGACGCAAAAAUAUCGGGAAAGCAAUUGUUAAAUUAUAAACUAUUGAAAAUUAAUUUUUUUUCGAAUUUUCAUUAAAUAAAUGUAUCUUCUUUACAAUUAUUGAUUUUUCACAAUUUUUGUAUAAAUAUAUACAUAGUGAAUAUUUAUCUUGUCGUCAAUUUGUAUAUUCAAAUUUUAUGAAAGCAAUCUACGACAAAUAAUUCUUCUGCUCCACACGUUCAUCAGAAGAAUUGUUUUUACGUCAAAAAAUUUAAUUUUCAAUGUUGGAAAUUUUUUUUUGUUAUUAUUUCUUCAUUUUUUUAUUGCAGUCAAAAAAUCGAUGCAUAUUUCUAAUGAGGGCAAAUAAUGAAAGUUGAAUUUCAUUUUUAUUGAAUUUUUAAGUAGAAAAAAAGUAGAUUUUUUUUUAAAUUAAUGAUACUUUUUAGAAAUUGAAAUAAAUUAUUAUUAAUGCUAGACAUAGAGUGAAUGUGACAGUAGGUUGCGCAAUAAUUUAUAUUACGUAAAAGUGAGAAAAUGAACAAUGCUAUAUUGUUAAAAUUAGAAACUGUUACAGACAUUUUUCCUUUGACGAGGAUUUUAAUUAUUGAUAAUUAAGUAAUAAACAAGAAAAUUAAGAAUUUAGUUUUCCUUUUAUUAAUAUUGUAAAUAUUAUAAAU